UGGCUGCUCUUGGGACUGGAGUUUGUCGACUCAAAGGCUUGCUGUAUUCCGACGAUACGUUGAAUGUAUUACAACAGCCAAGUUUGAAUGGGAAGCACUAGUAGUUACCGGAGGUGGUGGAAUAUUACAAGUUCCCAACACCGGCUUGUAUGUGGGCGCAAGGGUUGACAUCGAAGCUGACGAUAAGAACAGUUUUGCUGCAAUUGCUGAAAUUGGGUAUAAGCGUAAGAACACCACAACUGGAAGAUACAGCGCUACUCUCGUAUUGAUUGGAAUGAGAGGUGCCGGUAAAACAACCCUUGGUAAACUUGCGUUUAAUGUUCUUAAGCGGAAAUUUAUCGACGAUGAUGUCUACUUGGAACAGAGUUGA